AUGUCCAAAACAGUUCUGAUCACCGGCGCCACCGGUAAACAAGGCGGCAGCGUCAUCAGCGCACUCCUCAACCAAAACGCAGAUAUGGAGAUUUUAGCCGUCACUCGCGAUGCCAACUCUGCUGGAGCGCAGAAACUCAAGAACAAAUCGUCCCAAAUCCAACUGGUCGAAGGCAAUCUCGACGACCCCGAAGGAAUCUUUGCGAAUGCCCAGAAGAUCACGUCGCAGCCCAUCUGGGGUGUUUAUAGUGUGCAGGUCCCGAUCCCGGGCUCCUCGGAUCAGGGAGCCGAAGAACGGCAGGGCAAAGGGCUUAUCGAUGCGUCGUUGAAGCAUGACGUCAAAUUCUUCGUCUAUUCAUCUGUGGAUCGAGGUGGUGACGCUUCGUAUGAUACUGAGACUGAAAUCCCUCAUUUCAUUAGCAAGCACCAUAUUGAACAUCAUCUGGUGGAGCAAACAAAGGGUACGGAGAUGGCGUGGACGAUCUUGCGCCCCGUUGCAUUCCUCGAUAACCUCACCCCCGAUUUCUUUGGGAAGGUCUUCGCUACGUCCUGGAAGGACGUGGUCAAGGAAAAGCCCUUACAGGUCAUCGCUGUUGCCGAUAUUGGAUUUUUUGCAGCUCAGGCUUUCCUUCACCCAGAGGAAUGGGCGAACAAAUCGCUUUCCUUGGCUGGUGACGACCUCACGUUUGAGGAGAUGGCUAAGAUAUUCAAGGCGAAGACCGGUCGGGACGUGCCUCUGACUUUCAGCUUUGUUUGUUCCUCUCUGUUGUGGAUGAUGAAGGAUUUUGGAUACAUGUUUCGGUGGUUCCAUGAUUCGGGCUAUGGGGCCGAUAUCUCCACUUUGAAGAAGAUGCAUCCCGAGUUAAAAGACUUUGAGACAUGGCUAGUGACCGAAAGUGGAUUCGUGUCCUGA